AUGACCGAUAUAUUUGGCGACUAUCUUUAUAUUAUGAGACAUAGCAAGAGUCCCAUUGGGAUCCGAAAGAGUGAGACCCAACUAGAUGAUCUUAGUGGCAUCCACGAUCCGAGAGAGUUGGGUCUCCCUCUCUCGGAUCCCAACAGGGACUCUUGCUAUGUUUGGGAGUUCAAUUUCAACGACAAGGAAAGCGAUCUUCACAAUUCGGAGUUCAUCCAGUUACUCGAGCGGAAGGGGAUUGACUUCAAUAAGAACAGGGAAAAGGGUAUCGAAUCUAAGGAGUUUGCGAGGCUAAUCUUCGACUCUGGCCUCUUGUGGAAUUCAAAAAUCGCUUGGGACACAUUCCACAAUGCAUAUGAUUUUGGCUACGUAGUCAAAAUCUUGACUGGGCGAUUGGUAUACUUGUUCGGGUACAAGGUGUUUGACAUCAAACACAUGAUCAAGUCGUGUGAGGGGAUGUAUGGGGGUUUGGAGAAGGUAGUGCAUGAUGAUAUCAUCAGGUGGAUUCUGAUAGUCUGCUAA